GUCGGUGCCAGACUCGAGUGGAUGCAGAGAACGAGUGGCGUUACACAAUGCCGAGCUGAAGCUGAAGCUUUGUUGUUUGGGUUUGCAGCGAGGCAGCAGGAAGAGACGCGACGCGUGCAGGUCCUGGUCAUGCGGGCAUACGCGUUGAUUCUCGCGGAGUUUCAAAGCGCGUUUACUCGGGUCAUGUGCGGCUCUGACGCGUUGCGUUGACCGACGCUCGUUGACCGGUUCCUUAUCAUCAGCCCACGGCCCACUCCGUCUCAUUACAUCGCCCCUUGCCAUCCCUCCGCCAAACUCCGCCUCGCGCCCUCCUCGAGUUCUACUCCUCCUCGACGCAUGGCUCAAACAUACACCGAACGCUGGCCACCCCGCGCAUCCGCCGUCGCACUGCAAUUUUUCCAUCCUCCCGCGGCCACGCCGAUCGUCACGGCAUCCUCUGAUCGCUGUGACUCGCAACCGCGCAGUCCGACCCGACUGGGACUGUACGACCUCCUGAACCACGACGACCACCCGGCGCCCUCGACAUGGCGCACCACCAAGCUCGCCUCCGCCUACUCCAGACCGCUCGCGCGUCUCUCCCUCUCGAGCGACGACGCCCCGCCUCUCACCUCAGACACCUUCUCCGAAUACUCUGAAGACCCGCACUCGCGUAGCUCCCACUUCGGCGCCGAAACGGACCCCGAGGAUGAUGGAUUCGACGUCGACAUCGUCACCGCAUCGGACGACGACGAGCCUUUCGAAUCGCGACACGUUUCGUACGCCAUCUCCGACGAGCGCGGGCGGUGGAACGAGCCGGUGCCCAAACGCGUCGCCCCGGCCGCGAUACCCAUCGCCGACAUCCGGGCCCGGUUCCCCUCGUCGUCCCCCGAGUCAUCGUGCACGCCGAUGACGGCGCGAUCCGAGCGGUCGGAUUACUACUCGAGCACCUUUGGGGAUGGAGAAGAAGGGGAAGAAGAGAACAGCAACGGGCGAUCGGCGUCGCCGCUGCCACCGUCGUCCCCCAUGUCCGUGUCUGCAUCCGGGCUGGACGACGAACAGGACAUCGAGCUCGAGAUGUUGCCCGGAUCGGACGAUGGCAAGCCCCGGGAGCUGGAGGAGGAACACAUGCCUCCUUCUUCUCAGGUUGAAGCUCUACACGAGCCCGCGCAACCUUUGAAAGAUUCGUCGUCAUCGGCGCCCCAUUCAGCAGAAGACGAUACCGCGCCGAGUUCAUCUCCCGCAGAUCGCAGUCCAUCAGGCCACCUCUCGCAGCAGAUGCACCUAACCGAUGAACCUUGCGAACAACAAGCCAGCGUUCUCCUAUCUGCACAGAACGUCGAAACUCCUGAGCCGAUCGCAGACUUGCCGCUAUCAGCCGGCUCGUCGCAACCCAAUCUCGAAUCGGCUACCCAAACCUCCUCACUCGAGUCGCCCCUGGACUUGGCAUCAAUCCCGGAACCCUCUCUCGCACCCGGGUCUGAACAACGCUCUACAUCGCCGAUGGUGCCAGAACUCGCGCAUACCGCGGAAGAAGAAGUCACCCCUGAAUCGAUAAUGGCGUUGGAACCCUCGCCCGACACCGUGGAUGUCAGUCCUGACCUCGACCUCCUCAUUGUGCCCGUAUGCUCUCCCGAAUCGGAGGAUGUUGAUCUGGAUCUCCCGUCAUUGCCGCUUUCGCCUUUAUCCUCUCCACCCGCCUCCCGCGCGUCCAGCCCGGAACCGCUACCGCUAUGUCAAGAGUCGCUACCAAAACCGGAGGACGUGCUGACGGAGUCGGCGAGUGCAAUUCCGGAAUCGGACGACGCCGUAAUGGCUGUCGUUGCAGCCGCCACAAAGAAAGUAGACGCGAAGGACGAACUGGAGCUGGAGGAAGAGACGGUCAUGAAGUCGAAACAAAAGUCGAAGGCGCGGAGAAGGGCGCUGGCUGAUGCGAGCGAUGCGCGCCCGAGGAAGAAGAAGCGGGUCAGUGUUGAAAACGAAGAGGACCUGGGCGAAGGAACGUCGAAGAGGAAACCGAAGGCGAAACCGAGGGCCAAGUCUCGGGAUACGGAAGCCGCGCGUCCACGACCGAAAACCAAGAAGGAGACCCGGAAACGCAGGCCGACGCCGAGAUCGAGCUCGUCGCCUUCGCCCGAAAUGGUUUCCGAAGAUGACGUCGCUUCGUCUUCGUCGCGCGCGAGCUCGGCUGGUCCUGCACCGUCAAAACGGGCCCGACCGGCGGCGUGCGCGGAAUAUGCGGAGUACCGCGGGAUGCUGAUCGAGGCGUUUGCGACGUCGCGCGCGUCGGCGCUGUCGGCGGCGGUGCUGUACAAGAUCGUGAUGAGCACCCGGCCGGCGUUGAGCUCGCAGAAGAGCAAAAAGGAAUGGCUGGAGUAUUUGACGCUGGUGAUGGAAGACGGCGCGCGGACGUGCGGCGUGUUUGGGCGCGUGGAUAGCAGUAAUACGGACGAUUCGGAUCGGAUACUGGACGCGCGGUGGUUCUACUGUCCCGAAAACGACGAGGACCAGGAUCGGGCGGCGCUGAUCAAGAGCAUGAACCCGCGCGCGGAGAAGCGGAGCGAGACGAAGAAGUAUAAGCAGUAUUACUGGCGUCCGCUGGAUAAGAUAAGCAGGUGGGACUCGGAGGACGCGAUCUGA